AUGGUUAUGCAUUGCGAUGAUAACAACGCUCUAGGCCCGGACAGAUUUAAAUCUUUCUUUUACAAGCGUUUUUGGGAGCAUAUUCAGGGAGAUAUAUUUCGGCUCCUCCAUUAUUUCUACUAUUUGGGUAAUUUUCUUGCGAGGCUCAACACGGCGUUUUUGAUUCUCAUUCCUAAAUUGAAAGCUCCAGUUUUGCCUUCAAUUAACUCUAACAAUCAAUUUGGUUUCAUCAAAGGUCGAAAUAUCCAAGAGUCUAAUUCCAUCGCUUCAAAAGUUAUUCACCUUAUUUCAAGGCGCAAGGAAUCAGCUAUUAUCAUCAAGCUGUAUUUUCAAAAAGCUUGUGAUAGUGUUUGUUGGACUUUCCUCCUAGAGACUAUGCGUAUGAUGAACUUUGAUAGUAGGUGGAUUAAUUGGAUUUCAAAUCUUCUUAAUUUAUCUCAGAUUUCAGUGUUAGUUAAUGGAUCUCCUUUUUAA